ACCAUUGCUCACGGGUAUCAUCUCUGAUCGCAGAGAUUAGGCGUUUUGACGAUAACAGAGAUAGGCCCGGUUUUACUAAUUCUGACUAACCGACCGCAUUGUCCAAUUGCUAAACUUAGUUAAGCUUAUAUAAGUAAAAUUUCAACUUCAACUUCGUUACUUUUUACGUAUUAACUUUAAAUUUUUUUACUUUUCAAUUAAGUUAAUAUAUUUCAUUAAUAUUAAAGUUAGGUGAAAAUGGUCGGGCACAAUAACAGACAGAUGGAACAAAUAUGUGGAAAGAAACCUGGUACUAAAAUUUAUGUUUACGAUGAUUAUUCAUAUAAUAAAGAUUCUCGUAAUACUAACAUUCUGCGAUGUAAUACUCGUCGAUCUUCAAACUGUUCUGGCGCUCUAAGAAUUGAUAAUGAUGGCAAAAUACAUGUAACUCAAGAUCAUAAUCAUACAAAGUUAAAAUGGAAAGUAAAACAGUAUGUAAUGAAACAAGAAAUGUUGCAACUUUGUAGAGAUACAUCUCUAUCUUUUAAAGAAAUAUUCGAUAAUGUUUGCAGGAAGUAA